AUGGUCGCCAGGCUGGGAAAUAUCUCCGCUCUCAAGGACUUUCUUGCCUUCCUCGCCACUGUCCGCGGCGACAUCUCUCAUAUCACUGCCCCGCCUUUCAUCCUCGCACCGCAAUCUCUCACCGAGUUCCCAAGCUACUGGGCAGAACGGCCAUCGUUAUUCACCGCUCCAGCACAUGAACCCUUGGCCGAAAGACGGAUCCUGCUCGUGUUGAAGUUGUACCUGGCCUCGCUGCAACGACAGUACUAUGUCGGCCGCGCCGUCAAAGAGGGCUUGAAGAAACCGCUCAAUCCAUUUCUGGGAGAGCUGUUUCUAUGUGAGUACACCGACCAUGAUAUGACAGACGAGAAACCAUCCACGUCCACCGUCAGGGUCAUCAGCGAACAAGUUUCUCAUCACCCACCAACGACGGCCUGCUACCUGUCCGCCGAUAAAGAUGGUGUUCAUGCCGAGGCAUAUUCUACCCAACACACCGUGUUAUCCGGAACAUCGGUUCUCAUCCGUCAAUCUGGCCACGCCGUCUUGACCGUCGACAAAUACGACGAGACGUAUCUCCUGCCCCUACCGGAUGUUUGCGCCCGAGGCAUCCUUUCCGGUGUUCCCUGGCCGGAGCUGAAUGAUGUGUACAAGAUUGUCAGCUCGAACGGAUACACCGCAGAAAUGCGCUUCACCGGUAAAAGGCUGUGGGGUGGUGAACGGAACAUGUUCGAAGCUUCGAUAUACCACACAGCGGAUUCUGAAAAGGCGCCGGUCUUCACAAUAUCCGGAAGCUGGAGCUCUCGGUUUACGACAUUCGAUGCUUCGGGAAAGAAGGUGGAGGUGUUUGACCUUUCAGACCCACAGAACCAACCCGUCCCAAUGUCCAUCAAACCGUUGGAAGAGCAGAAUCCCUGGGAGUCGAGACGAGCUUGGGGACCAACUUUUGAUGCCGUCAGAAAGGGUGAUUUUACUGACGUGGUACACCAAAAGUCCAAACUUGAAAAUGCUCAGCGUCAUAUGAGGAAGCAAGAGCAUAAGGAGGGGAAACAAUGGGAAAGCAUGUUCUUUAACCAUCGCGAUGACGCCGAAGUCGACGACAGGGAGCCAGUCGAGAAGCUUUAUGACACGCUCGAUAUCCGUGAGGUCGAGCGAUUACGAGGGGCGCAUGGUCUUUGGAGAUUCGACAAGGAGAAGGAACAGCGGUGGAGGAAUGGCAAAGGCAGCUGGAGACCGGCGUCUCCUAUGGGUUGA